UCAGUGUACGCCGACAGUCGAGCGCGGCUGACUGGGUGUUUGGAGUUGGACGAUUUUCGACCGCGCGCGAGCCUCCCGUUUGUCAUCGACGCUGAAAGAGAGAGAGAGAAAAAUAGGGAAAAGUGACACCCGGCAGCGAGAUCCGAGGGUCGCUCGAACGGCGAGCGUCAGCGAUGACGCUCGACGCGCGAUAUCGCGAUUUUUGAUCGAGCGCGAUCGGUGUCGUCCUGUGUGUGCGCGCGCGCGCGACGUCUGUGACACGUCCUUGUUUAUAUUUCGCGCGUCGCGGCGAUCUCGCGCCGCCCGCCUCGUAGAUCGCUCUCUGUGCAGCUCGUCGAGCGUCCCGUCGCGAGGGAGGAUGAAUUAAUAUCCUGGAUUACACGUCGGUAGCGAAACGGCAGCGGCCGGCUCGAUCGGGUUUGCAUCUACCGCGCCGUCAACGACGCUCGCCGAUGCCGACGUGAACACCGAGGCCGCCGCUUCCAGGGACUCGCGAGAAGGAACGUCCGCAGACGCGGCGCGGAGAUGUCUCUGUGACCCUCGAUUUAUUGAGCAUGGCGUCUACAAUGGGAUUGCAGCAGGCUGCAUCCCAAGACACAGUCGAUUUUGCCGGAUACUUGCAGUCCACACAAUGCCAUCAGACGGAAGGACAGGUGCAGGGUUGUCAAAAAUCACCGCAUCAGGAGCACAACAGCAGCUUUACCACCACAAAAGGCUUGCUCAAUGGACCCGGGCAGAACAAUUGUUUCCUCAACAGCGCCGUACAGGUCUUGUGGCACCUCGACAUUUUUCGCCGAAGCUUCAGAGAGCUCUCCGGGCAUGCAUGCAUGCGAGAAUCCUGCAUUUUCUGCGCACUUAAGGACCUGUUCUCGCAGCUGCAGUUUUCGCAAGAGAGCGCUCUGCCUCCCGAUACGUUGCGCCGUGCGCUGGCCGAGAGCUUUCUCGAUCAGCAGAGGUUUCAACUCGGUUUUAUGGACGACGCGGCAGAAUGUUUCGAAAACAUUCUCUUGCGUAUACACCUUCACAUAGCAAGCGGUGAGGCUGAAGAUAUGUGUAGCGCGAGGCAUUGUGUGCCGCAUCAGAAAUUUGCCAUGACGCUCGUCGAGCAAAGCGUCUGUGGAGUUUGCGGUGCAACGUCGGAGCCACUGCCUUUUACACAGAUGGUUCAUUACGUGUCUGCGUCAGCGUUGACUUCUCAAGCUCAUCAAACACCACUAAAUUCUAGAAAUAAUCCGGAUCUCUUCGGACAACUUCUACGAAGAGCUGGCGGCAUGGGUGACAUUCGUGAUUGUCCGAGUUCCUGCGGUGCGAAAAUUCAAAUAUGCCGGACCCUGAUGAAUCGGCCGGAAAUAGUUUCUGUCGGUGUCGUGUGGGACAGCGAACGACCGUCGUUGGAGCAUAUCAUGGACGUUUUUGCGACGGUGGGCACGUCCCUUCGACUUAGCGAUGUCUUCCAUAGCGUGGUAGACUCUCGAUGGGGCGCCUCUACUGUACAUAAUCUCGUAGGAGUGGUUACCUAUUACGGGAAACAUUAUUCCACGUUUUUCUUCCAUACGAAAUUAAAGGUGUGGAUUUAUUUCGACGAUGCUACUGUCAAGGAAAUUGGACCCCGGUGGGAGCAAGUUGUGGAAAAGUGUAGGCGAGGCCGAUAUCAACCUUUGCUGCUCCUGUAUGCAACGCCCGCUGGAACUCCUGUCAAUACCGAGAACGCUCCAAAGACUAUUAUCCCUUUCCCGAAUAGUAAUGGCCUAAAGACGUCCCCAAAGAAUAGCGUUCGCCGUUCGAUUACACCUAGUCCUGAGAAGCCAUCUAUCAACAGCACUGCCAGACGUGCCAUCACACCUAAUCCUGAUAGUCCGCCGCACCUCUACACUCAACGAAGCGUUUACAGUGAUUACCAGAAUCUCACAGACAUCCAGAAUAAUAUAUUCGUCAAUCAGGGCGUGGACGCGGUUGAUGGCGAAAUAGACUCCAAGUAUAUUAGCCGUCGCGCCGUGGAAAAUGUAAUGCAUCAACAGAAAAAGCAGCAGAUGCAGUUGACGCGUAGCUUAAGCGUGGGAUCGGCGCCGCAAGAUGGUAUUAGCAUCCCUGAUCAUAUGAACGUGCCUCGAAGACGGGACUCCGGUAAUUGGUCCGGUGAUCGAAACAGCGCGUCGUCGAGCUCGUCAACUACGAUGGACAAUACGUAUCUGUACAUUGUUAACAAAAUGCAGAGGAACUCGGGCGUACCUAAAAGCCCCAUCAGCAAAUCUGGGGAACUCUCGAGCAGUAGCAGCGGUCACUACGACGCUGGUUACGACUCGUAUUCUUUGUCUUCCACGGACAGUCUUCCGCUUCAGCAGGGUUUGAAGCACAAUUUACAGCUCGCUCAAAUACCGGAAGGUUACCAACCUUCAUCCGGCGACGAUUGCGAACGAUUAUGCAAAGAAACGGACGCGUUGCUGGAUAAAUCUCGAGCCGCCGAAGAUGCUGGCGAUCUUAACACGGCAGUCGCGUUGUGCAGUGCGGCCAGUAAUAAAGCUAGAGCCGCAAUGGACGCUCCGUAUAAUAAUCCUCAUACAAUCACGAUAGCGAGAAUGAAACACAAUACUUGCGUCAUGAGAACGAGGAGUUUGCACAGAAGGAUGCUGCAAGAACAAGUUGCUGUUAACGGUGACAAAGAGGACGGGGCACCUGAAGGGAGACACUCACGGGAGAACAGUAAAUCGAGUCAACAUUCGAGGCAAAGCUCGCGAGAUAAAGGUAAUCAUUCUCGACAAAAUAGUCGGGAACUUCUCGUGAAUGCACCGACAACAAUGGUCGAUAAACCUGUCACGAAGAGUAUCGAGAUUUACGCUACUUUACCGAAGAAGAAGACUCUACGCAGUAAAGCGACAGCGGUGAACGUUAUUGAGGACGAGGAAUACAUGCUGCGUGAUCGUCCAACGCAAAGGACCGGCUUGUUUAGCCGCACGAAACGUUGCGAAGAUGAUAAAAAAGAUAAGAAACGAGCAAGAAGCGAGGAGAGGAACAAGAAUGUAGCAAAGGAUUUUUCGAUAGCCCCAUCUAGAUUGUCACCAUCUCUGAAAGGAGUAAAGAUUGAGAAGCCGAAGGAAACCGAAGUUAACGCAACUGCCAUCAGAAAUGCACAGCCCAACAACACGACUACGAUCGAGCAGAAGCAAGGCAAGAAGCAGCACAAGAUUCGUAGAAAAUUGCUUAUGGGUGGAUUGAUCAAAAGGAAGAACAGAAGUAUGCCAGAUUUACGAGAAGGGCAGGAUGGUCAGACAAAUGUGAAUACGGAAGGAUUAUCCAUUUUACCGAAACAAUCGGUGGACGAUUCCAGCGUUGGUCUAAAAGGCAAUGAUGCGAGUCAAACACUGAGCGGCUAUUUAUCCGAGGGACAUCUGGAGUUCGCUGGAAACAAUGGACCUGGAAACACUAGCAAUCCAAAUCUCGAAAGAAGCCGUUUGAUGAGAAAGAGCUUCCACGGCAGCGCCGGCAAAGUGUUACACGUGGCGAAAGUGCCUCCGCCCCCUCCGCUCAGGACCACUUCUCAACUUAGCAAGUCUAAGUGUUCGGGCGAAGUGCACAAUGAGCAGCAAUCUGACAAAGCUGCAUACCCUUUGCCGGACAAUCGGUGUGUGCCCAACUCGUCGCAGGAUCAAAACAACGUUUAUUGGAAUCAUAUGAACGCGAGCAACUCACCUAACGUGACGAACAGGAACUCUGAUUAUGCUGAUUACUCCUCGGAAUCGCAUUCGCUUCCAUUUAUACCGUCUUAUAAUGAACAGAAUACCAACACUUCUGGAACGUGUCAAACGAAUUACAAUAACAAGCCUAGGAUUCAAGACGACGUCAUACAAUAUGCUAACGGUAUACUCUAUGAGCCAACCUUUGUCGUCACUCGCGCGGACGUACACAAUGAGCAAAGUCCCUCUAAACAACCGUUUCAACCGGAUUCUUUGCCACCUUAUCCCGAAAACGGCAAUAUUUCUCACUCGCGGCAACCGAGCGAAGACUUUCCACCACCACCGUAUCCAUCGAUCCACUCGGUGUCGCAUUCGAGACAAACUAGUGAAGAUUUUCCGCCACCGCCGCCACCGAUCGACGAGCCAACUCAUCUUCAGGAGACUCAACAACUUCUCUCUCAUUUAGCUUCUGUUCAAUCGCAACAACGUGCACAACAAUUUGAAGCUCAGCAGAUUGGCAGCUUAUUAACGCAGUUGCAAAACAAAAGGGAACAGAUCUUAACUGACGAUUCGAAUAAGGAGAAACGAGCACAGGAGCGCGAGGAUGAGGAGAAGUCCUCGAGUGAAACGUGGUUGAGAGAACUGCAAGCUAAACAGGCCGAGAGAAAAAUGAAGAGACAAGGGCCUAUAAAUCAAGACAUUCCAAAAGUUCGAACACCGUCAGUGCAGACGAUUCCAGGACCGACUAUUGCUAGAAGAACCAGUGAUUUAAUGAUGAAUAAUCUCGGACAGAAUUACGAUCAAGGUCGUGACGUUACGGACUGUCCAAGAGUCGCUUCUUCCGUAAAAGACAUGGCUGCUAGGUUUGAACAGAUCAAGCUGCAACCGACCUCGAAGUCAGAGAUAGAGGUGAAGCCCCAAACGAAGCAAAAUGUAAAUUGCGUUUCCCCGACGUUAACAUCCUCAGGAAAUGAUACGCCUCAGGAAACAUCUUCGACGGAAAGUACAAAGUCGGCCAAAUUAUCUUCUGAAAAUACCGUAGUCUUCACAAAGAUAGAAACCACAAAUUCUCAGACUGUUUUAAACUCUAGUUUUGAUUCGAGUUCCAGCCAAAAUAGCUUUGUCGCGACGGUGCCACAAAACGAAUCCGUUCAACAAAGCGAAUUGAAUGUCGCGAUGUUAUCUAUGUCCUUGACACUUCCGCAUGAGAAUGGUUUGCCCGUUGAUUACCCGGAAGACGACAUUAGUGAAGUGGCGAUGCAGAACACUAUACAAAACACAACGAUAUUACCAAACGAAGAAGAUAUUGCUCCGCGAAAGGUGAAACGACGGAUUGGGAAAAAGAAGAGCGUAUCAUUUUGUGACCAAGUGGUGCUCGUUGCAACAGCAGAAGACGAUGAGAAGGAUUCGUACAUACCCAACCCUAUUUUGGAGAGAGUCCUGCGUUCGGCGAUGAACAAGCCUGAAACUGCUCAAGUACUGCGAGAAAUUAGAAGCCUUCAGGAGGCAGAGACGAUUCGGGAAAACACUGCCGCGAAAUUCCAACAGCAGACUCUUCCUUUAAAGAGCGAAGCUGAUAGCGUGCCGGCAACACCUUUCCAGGAUCAAUUGAGAAGCAUUAAUCUGAUUCCAGACACCAUUAAACCCACAUUUGGACGACCGAAUUCAGGCGAUUCGAUUGGAUCAUUAACGGAUAAGAAGUCUUGCGGGUCUUGCGCGAACGAAGGCAAAGACGUGGUCGAUCGUAGAGAAACCUAUGCUGGUAUUCCCGUCAACACCUCGAAACCGACGUCCUAUUCACCGCAGCUGCAACAGCAGAUCAGAUACACUCAGAAUGGGUACACGCAAUAUGUGCAGUCGGUAUAUCCGCAGACGCAGGCGUCCCAUCCAAGAAAUCAAAUAAUUCCUUUGUCGCAAACGCAAAAGCCAGCUAGUCCUUAUCCGACGCAAAUGAAUGGACAAUACAUUCAAAAUGGAAUGCAACAAGCAAAAAUAUUACCUCAGAAAAACGGUUAUGGGCCGUAUUAUCAGCAGCAAUUGCAUAAUCAGUUGGAGCAGCAGCAUAAUCAAAUGAACAAGCAGGCGACCGUUCAGCCGCAGCAGAAUACUCUGACUCAAAGAAUUCCGUCUCACAAUGCCA